AUGUUGGGGGCCCAGCAGCAGCUGCAGCCCCUCGGGCUGCCCCCGCACCUGCAGCCGCAGCAGCAGCAGCAGCAGCACCACUACUACCGGCGGCAGCAGCACUACAGCACGCUGCCCGCCGCCCGCCGCCCCGCGCCCUGCCCGGAGCCGCUGCCCCGGCCCCCGCCGUGCCGGGAGCCGCCGCCGCCGCCCUGCCCGGAGCCGCCGCCGUGCCGGGAGCCGCCGGCCUGCCCCGAGCCGCCGCGGCCGCUGCCCUGCUUCGAGCCGGCGCCGUUCCAGCGCCACGACGGCGGCCCCGCGCUCGACCGCGUGCGGACCUACGGCCCCGGCUGCCGCCGGGCCAGCGCCUCCUGCUCGUCCCGCGCCGCCUCGCCGCUGGAGUGCCCGCACGGCUGCCAGCCGCUGCCCCCCGCCUGCGAGACGCCGCCACAGGGCACCAUUCGAAGGAUUAUUAUAGAGAAUCCUGAGCAGGAGCCAUUAUCCCCAUUUCUUAGAGGGGGGAAUUUCUGCCCUGGAAAUAAUGUCAUCUAUGAAAAGACAAUAAGAAAAUACGAGCUGUUAAAUCCCCACCAAGAGAAGCAGUAUCAAUUUUCCCACCAGUGUCAGAUUCCCCAGCAAUCCAAUCAGUGCCACGUUAUCCAGCCCUGCCAGCCGUCCGAGCAGUCCCAAGUCACUCACCAGUGCCAACAGACACAGACCAGCAGCCCUUGUGAAAUAAUUCCAGUUUCUGUGACGGAUGACUGCAGAGGAAAUACAGUGAGGAGGGUAACAGUUCAGACAUGUGAACCGGAGAAUAAUGACCAGCUGGACUGCCGCUACUUUGGUGAGCUCCUUGCCGAACUGAACCGCAAGACCAAUGACCUGUACAGUUGUUUACUACAGCAUGUGGAAAAGAUAGGAGGAAGGAACCAUGACAUUGAAUUUACGAGUCAGACUGAAGAUAUAGAAGAUUUAAUUCCCAAAGGACUGUCUGAGGCAACAAAGCAGCAGAUUCGUUAUCUCCUCCAGAUGAGAGUAACAUCAGAUAAAUCUUUGAGACUUGUGCUUUCCACUUUCAAAAAUUUACGUGAAGAGCUUUGCCACUUACAGGAUGACCUGGGGAAGUUAGAAACUGACAAUGUCUUACUUAAGAAGGAUUUGGCUUUUAAAGAAUCUCAAGUGAAAGAAUACGAAACUAUGUUGACAUCUCUGCGAGAGAAUAAUCGUCAGCAGCAGCAAGGACUCAGAGAGAGUACUGUAAAGUGUCGCUCUCUGGAAGAACAGCUCCUUUCUCUACGGCUCAGCGAGGGAGAGAAGGAUUGUCAGUUGAAAGAACUGGAAUACUGCAAGCGUGCCUUGGAGCAAGAGAUCCAGAGCCUCAGACUACAGAUCUGCUCUAAUCCAACACUUCAGACCACCACAGAUGAACUCUCCAGCCGUUAUGUAGAGAUGAUCAAUAACUUGAGAGAGGAUAAAGAUCGUGAGAUCCGCAGUCUUAGGUCUCAGUUAUGCCAAUUCCAGCAAGAUAUAUCAAGAAGAGAAGGGAACAACAGUGACUUGCAAAUAAAGUUGCAUGAAUUGACAUCGAUGCUGGAGGAGAAAGACGCCUGCAUUAAACAACAGCAAGAGGACCUCUUCAGACUCAAGCAUGAGAGAUUAUCAAACAGUCAGUCCCCUGGUGUAACAGCUGUCAUCACUAAGAAGUACAGGAACCAGUAUCCUAUUCUGGGUCUUUUGUCUGAUGACUACAAGGUUACAUCACCCGUCAAUAAAUCACAAACUAUUGUAAUCGAGAGGACUGGAGAGAUAUGGAAACAUGAAUGAAAGAAAUGCCUUGGCCAUCACAGCUGCUCAAAGGAGUUCACAACAACCACCUAAAGUUGCUUUACUUUCUGCUGUUUUUGCAUCAGUAAAAGGGUCGGUCUGAUAGUGAGAGAAAGGCCAGGGAACAAAUUAAGAACAUGGAAGCAUGAAGAUGAUGGAAGACACUGUCUUGUCUGCACUAUCGUGAACCUGUGUCCAUAAGCUGCCGCUAACUUGUGUGCGCAAAUGUUCCUAUUUUAUAUAUUUUAAUAUAAAUGCACUUACUUUUCUCUCAGAAGAGGAGGGUAUGCCGUGCUGUCGUGGACUUGUUGUUCUUGACAGGACUAGCAUCUGCAUCUAUUCUUCAGUCACACUUGCAGCAAUCUAAGAAACAAAAGGAAGAACUCUGAAACCUUUUCCGUUUCCUCUUCAUAGCAUUAUCCAUGUUGUUCUCUCCUACCCACUUACACAAAUUUAAGUCACAUACUGAAUGGCUGGUUUCAAUACAGACAGAUUCAGCCAUCAUCACUUCAUAUUGCUGCCUGUUCAAGAUGAAGCAAAAUCCAGAAACUGCCGUCAUGGGGAACUUUACUUACCUUACAUCUGCCUAUGGGAAACUAAGACACAAAGGAAAAUUACUGAACUUGCUCCAAAUAUACAACAAUUUAAACAUACCUAUUAAAUUGGCAGAUACUUAAUAUGGGACGAUGCUGAUUUUAUAACAUUACUGACAUUAGCGUUAACAUAUUUCAGCUGAACCUUUACAAGCCCCCAAACCAGUCAUAACUAUUUAUUUUGAAGAUAUCAAGAACAUGGUAUAUUUUUAUAUUGAAGAACCUAGUAUGAAAAUAGCUCAUAAAUUUUACUAUCAGACUAACUUACUAUUUACAUUUUUUUGCUCCAGGCAGGACCAUGGAAAUUCUCUCAACUGAUUUGAUAUAAAUAAUUAAGUAGUUGUCUAAGCAACACAGUGCAUUUGGUGAGCGGGAAAGUACUAAGAGAAGCAUCGUAGGUAAAACUUCAUGCCAUCAGAAGGCGCUAGCUCUCUAUCACAGGGUUCUUGCUUUGCUCUAUUUCUGCAGACUUACAUAUUUCUGUUUACAAAUAAUAUAGAUCAUAUACAAUGUUAAAUGGUGAGAGAACCCUGUAGGCUAUGUGUAAUUAUGAAAUAAACGUGUGUUUAACUAUCUGAUGACAGAGAGUAUUGUA